CUGCGGAAGAGACUGUCAUUUGGCCGAUUUGUCUCGUCCAAGCAGUAGUUUCCCAUUAAAACCGAUGCUAAUUCAACGGCAAAUGUAACCGUUUCACAGAAAGCCACAAUGGGAUUCAAACAGAGACGCCUCCUUGGUGUUGAACCGUCGAAAGCGCUUUUCUUGUUGCCUUUUCUGUUGACAUUCAUGCUCGUCGGGAGCCAAGGAGCGAGCGAGGCGAUGAACAACGUCGCCACUGAGAGGCUGGCUGAGGAGAGCCACCGACAGGACAGUGCCAAUCUACUCAUAUUCAUAAUGCUCUUAACACUCACCAUUUUAACUAUAUGGCUGUUCAAACACCGGAGAUUUAGGUUCCUGCACGAAACAGGACUUGCCAUGAUCUAUGGCCUGUUGGUUGGUGUCAUCCUGCGAUUCGGUGUCCAUGUGCCCCAGAGCAUGAGUGAUGUGAUCCUCAGCUGUGCUGUCAACGCCAGUCCCGCUACUCUGCUGGUCAACGUCAGUGGACGAUUCUACGAGUACACUCUGAAGGGUGAAGUCAGCCGGGGCAAAGGUCACCAAGUACAGGAUGAUGAGAUGCUUAGAAAGGUGACCUUUGACCCAGAAGUGUUUUUCAACAUUUUGCUGCCUCCCAUCAUCUUCCAUGCCGGAUACAGUCUGAAAAGGAGACAUUUCUUCAGAAACAUUGGCUCUAUCUUGGCCUAUGCUUUCAUGGGAACAGUCAUAUCCUGCUUUGUUAUUGGGCUCAUCAUGUAUGGCUUUGUGUCCUUCAUGAAAGUUGUGGGCCAGCUUGGGGGAGAUUUUUACUUUACUGACUGCCUCUUCUUUGGGGCCAUCGUUUCAGCAACAGACCCAGUGACAGUGUUGGCUAUCUUCAAUGAGCUUAAAGUAGACGUGGACCUUUAUGCUUUACUCUUUGGGGAGAGUGUCCUCAAUGAUGCUGUGGCCAUCGUCCUCUCUUCCUCCAUUGUGGCGUACCAGCCUGCAGGAGACAACAGCCACAGUUUUGAGGCCAUGGCCAUGUUGAAAUCCUUUGGCGUCUUCCUGGGCGUCUUUAGUGGAUCCUUUGCUCUUGGGGUGGCCACUGGAGUCAUGACCGCUCUCGUGACCAAGUUCACUAAACUGAGGGACUUCCCUUUGCUGGAAACAGCUCUCUUCUUCCUCAUGUCCUGGAGCACCUUCCUGCUGGCUGAGGCCUGCGGGUUCACAGGUGUUGUGGCUGUGCUGUUUUGUGGGAUCACUCAGGCUCACUACACCUUCAACAAUCUCUCCCCUGACUCUCAGGACAGGACCAAACAGCUGUUUGAGCUGCUGAACUUCCUGGCAGAGAACUUCAUCUUCUCCUACAUGGGUCUGACUCUCUUCUCCUUCCAGUCACACGUCUUCAACCCUUUGUUCAUCAUCGGAGCCUUUGUGGCAGUGUUUCUGGGCAGGGCGGCGAACAUCUACCCUUUAUCCUUCCUGCUCAACCUGGGCCGCAAGAACAAGAUUGGAUCCAACUUUCAGCAUGUCAUGAUGUUUGCAGGUCUGCGUGGGGCGAUGACCUUUGCUCUUUCUAUUCGAGACACGGCAACGUACGCCCGUCAGAUGAUGUUUUCAACCACCCUCCUAAUUGUCUUCUUCACUGUGUGGAUCUGUGGAGGGGGCACCAUGCCCAUGUUGUCCUUUAUGAGCAUACCGGUGGGUGUGGACUCUGAUCAAGACAACUCCAGUUCAGCAGUGCUGGAUGGGUCACAGCGGAGGAACACCAAACAUGAGAGCGCCUGGCCCUUCAGGAUCUGGUAUAACUUUGACCACAACUACCUGAAGCCCCUCCUGACCCACAGCGGCCCUCCUCUCACUGCUACUCUGCCUGCUUGUUGUGGACCGCUGGCUCGAUGCCUCACCAGCCCACAGGCCUAUGAGAACGAAGGCCAACUCCAUGACGACGACUCCGACUUCAUCCUGAACGAUGCGAGCGUGAGCUCCAUGUACGCGGACGUCACCGUCAGCACAGACGCAUCUGGAUCCCGCACCAUCAACCGCAACCGCACCAGCAGCGCCGGGGGCGGCCCGUCUGAUGAAGGCCUGGAUCACGAGCUCGCCGUGGCUGAACAUGAAGUGGCGAUCAGGGGCACCCGCCUGGUGCUGCCCAUGGAUGACCCAGUGGAGCCCCCGACCACUGUCACCCUGCCCCCACCCCCCUCCCCGCCACGCUCUGAGCCUCGCAGGCACAGACUGUAAGAAGGUUUACACGGUCAGGAUGCAGUUUGUUGUUUUUAGCUACCUUGAUUCGACAAGAAAAUUGCACCUGCUGGUUGAUUUGUUUGGAUUUUCAACUGACAGAUGGGACCACCUCUCUAACAUGUGGGUUGAAAAUAUGUUUAGCUUUGUGAAACACUUGAGGCGCACUUGAUUGAGCUCACCAUUAAGGUGGAUUACUGUAAUACUGAAUGUGAAUACGCUAUGUGAGGUAUGGUACUGUACAUCAAGUGCACCUCAAGUCUAAAGGGUACUUAAAAUCAUAUGAGAUGAGCACUUUUAGACACCAUUUGGACAAGUAAAAAAAAAAAAUGGAGCUGUAGUCUUUGCUCCUGUGUUUGUACUACUGUGGUGAUAUGCCAGUGCUGUUAUCUGUGCUCCAUAAAAGCCCUGACUCCCUCCAGCUUUAUGGAACGGUCCCUAAACGUUUCACAUAUGUGGUGAAUUUGCUCCUGACAUAAUUUGUCUGGUCAUAUCUGUCUGGCUUCCUUCAGGUAUUUGAAAAAUUAACUACAGCAUAAUUUAAGCGCAGUUGACAGGUACUUUAAAAAACUUUGCUCCGGCUCCAUUUAUUAACACUCAGCAGUGUUAAAGAGCUUUCCCACUACAGCUACUCUACUAACUCUAAUUACAUGUCCACAGACUGUUAAGUAUCUGUUGUGUUUGCUUCCCUCUCAUUUGUGGAGGAGUUCAAAUAGGAGGAAUUGUGAUUGGACAAAGUAGGAUCAACUAGACAAGUCCAUUGGUAGUGUUAUGAAGCAGAAAUAUUUAUUUUUUAAAGAAACAAAUAUGUUCAAGAUUGUAAGUAGAUACUUUUUGGCCAAAAGGCUUUCACAGGAGUACAGGAGCAUCUCAAAUUUAAGCACUGCCUGCUCCUUCUCGUCUCUUUUUACUUAUUCAUUUAUUUAUUUAACAAAAAUGAUUUAUUUAUACAAUGAUUUGUUUUGUUUAUUUAUUAUUUAUUUAUUAUUUUGUGUGGUGACAUUACUGAUUAUCUUGCCCUGGUUAAGAAUAGGGCCUCUCGGUGAUAAAAGGCUGGUAUGCACCUUUUUUUCUAACAAAGCACUACGACUAUUCCCAUACUCGGUACAUUGUACAGCAGGGAAGUCACGAGGGAGGUGGAUAUUCAAUCGAGGAGUUCUUCUUUACCAUGUGUGCAUGUUAGAAUAUCUCUUUCCUGUUCUGUAGCAGAUGGUUUUACUUUAUACUUGGAAACAAGAGCUUCCCUGUGUGUGUGUGUGUGUGUGUGUGUGUGUGUGUAUGUGUGUAGUUUACAAGUGUGUGUGACUGGUGUCAGAAGGAAAUUGUCAAAAUCUACUGGCGUGGUUCAUAGGGCUAAUGUCUGUUUCUGGGUUUUCUGUCUCUUAAAAAGAAAAAAAAAAGAAAAAACAAACUAACUGCCGUGUCUUUGUGAUGUUGUAUCAUCAAAGAUGACUCUGAGGGCUGGCUGAACUGUUCUGACUUAAAGUGCCUAUUCAAAAAUCCAAUUCAUUAAUGUAGAUUUGUAAAUAUUUUGAUUUGCUAAUGUGCAGUAAGACGAUAUCUUUCCUGGUUUUUAUGUGAUACAAAACCCUUUGACUGAUGGUGAAUAUUGUAAUCCCAGUAUAAUAAGGCCAUUAAAAGACUGUCCAUGGUUAGGAAAAUGGUGAGCUAAAUAAAACAUUUGACUUCUGUCAGAAGAAAUAAGGUCAAAUAGUUUAUCAGGUUGAAUACUUUUUCCAAAAUGUUUACUUCAUCAGAAAGUAUAUGUGGCAUUUUAAAAUGAAACUACUGGGGCAACAAGUUAGUGAUCCUUUUUAGGCUUUUUAUUCACCAGUAAGGUCCAGGGAAAGAUGGGACGGGGGGAUACUGACUUUUUUCUGAUGCAGUUUGUCUUUUUCCUGCCUUGUUUGGCAACUAAGGUCGUAUAUUCUGUUUGCACCUCAGUGAGAGAUAUUUUGCGCUGAGGCACUGUUCUGUUUUCUGCUGAUUUUUAUGAUCCGAGUUAUUAAUUCAUUCUUGGUAAAAAUCUGAUUUUAAAUUGUUUAAAUGUUUGUUUUAACUUUGUCAAACUGCACACAAGUUGUCUUUUUUGAUCUUUGAGCGUGAUUCCGAAUAUGAAGUUUAAGUUUGUGCAUAAUCAUCUACAGAUAUGGACAAGUGAAUUUACAUUUUCCCCCCCUUUCAUUAAGGUACCUUUUGAUUUUUAUUUGUUGUUUAAAUGUAAUUGAACCAUAAAAACAUUCAUGUCUAUAUGAUAAUUUUGAAAAAACAAACAAACAAUUGUAAUGUCAAUAUAGCAACUGCACCUAAAACUAAAAAUCUGAACAUGUUUUUCUUUCUACUGUUUGUAGAAACUGUCAACAGUUGUAUUUGUGAGUACACCUGCUAUUGGUUUAUUUAUAAAUGUUUCUAAAAUGUGAACUCAUGUUGAGGGGAAAAUGAUCUCAGAUUGAAUAGAUUUUUCCCUGUGCAGUCCUCAAGUUAUUAACAGUGUCGCAGUCAGACAUCUUGCAAGUGUACUAGAAGAAAAUAAAAACAAUUGCUGAAAAUGACACGUUUCACUCUUUCAAAUGAUAUUGUUCUUUAUCAUUAGACUACUUAAAAUUUCAAUUCAUUUUUUCCACCUCUUUAAUCAUUAAUUCUUCAAAAUGUAUUUUGCAUUGGUACUCAAGUACAAUUCUCUCCUUGCGAUAAUUGCAAACCCCAUCUGCUGAUGAAGACUGAGAUGCUAUGGAAAAUGUAAGCGGAUAUUGAAUUAAUAUUGUUUUUGUGCUAUUAUUGUUAUGUUCUCCAGUAGUGUAAAGCAACUAAUAUUACUUCUGAAAUACUGUGUUUAAGCACAGUUUUGAGGUACUUGUACUGAACUUGAGUCUUUCCCAUUCCUGCUUCCUGUCCUUUAUCACAGUAUGUUUUAUGUUGUAACGUGACUUGUACAAGACAAAAAAACUUCAUAUUUCUGGUUGAGACAGAGUGGAAUAAAUGUUUAUGUUCCA